UGGGUGUGUGUUGCACGGUGGCACCACAUGGUCAUCUGGCAGCCCACGUUGUGUCCCUGCCCUUGAGCCACAGCUAGUGACUGCUCUGCUCAGCCGCCGCAAACACUAAUGUAUUUUAUUGCCCUCCAUUGGGCCUUAUGACACCAAUGUUCUUCAGCAGCCCUGUGAUACUUCUGGCCACAAAGCCUCUGUAGCCUACCCCCACAGGCCACACCUUCACGUUCCAGGCAAGCCCCUCUGCUUCAGCCGGUUGACAUACCAUCUUCCUUUCAUACGCCUCCCCAAUCACAUCCUGCUUUCCUGUGUUUAUGCAUACUGUGUGUACAACAUUUAAUGAAAAACGGGUCUCAUAUUCGUGACAAUGUACAUGUCCAUACUGUAGUCACUAUGUAGUACUGCCUAUAUGUCUAAUGUCUACUGUUUGUGUUCAAUUAAGUGACUGCUCAUUUUCUUCUUCUGAAGUCAGAGGUCAUCCAAGGAACACCAGGAUGAAGUUCAGGAAGACAAAAGAUGAAGAGCCCACAGCCCCUGGGCAGGUAAGAAUCAAGAAGAGGUCCAGAGUCCCAGGGGUUAUGAUCACACAGUUUGUGGAGGAAAUUCCUGAAGGAAGCAGUCACCCAGACUUCACACGCAAACCAAUUGCUUUAACGUUACAAGAAGGGAAACUAGCUGUUUUCAAAGCUAUUGUGACAGGAAAUCCGGCCCCAACUGUAACUUGGAAAAGAAGUAACGGCGAGAUUGAUCCUGAACUAUGCCAAUCUGUUUAUGAUGAGCAUUCCCACGAGCAUCAGCUUCAGAUGCCGGCUGUAGGUGCCGAUCUAAGUGAUACAUACAAGUGCUUUGCAGUCAAUGAAUUUGGACAAGCCGUGGUCACUGCAGCACUCAAUGUCAUUGAAGUUGGAUUUAAGAAGAGCAAAGCAAUGAAAGAAGCCAGAGAAGAAAAACAGGAAUUGGCCUAUACUACUCUCCUGAAGACAAGGGCGGAGCGGCCCAAAGAAGAGAAAAAGGACGGUGAGCUAGAUGAAAACUUUUGGGAGCUUCUGCUCAGUGCGGACAAAAAAGACUAUGAGAGCAUCUGUGCACAGUAUGGAAUAACAGAUUUCCGUGGGAUGCUGACGAAACUUAAAGUGAAGAAACAAGAGAGAAUGGAAGAACAGGCACAGUUCAUUAGCCAUCUGAGUAACCUGAAGCCAAUUGAAGUCAAGUCAGAGGGAAAUGCUGAAUUUGAAUUUGAAAUGGACCUCAAGGACCCUAAUUCAAGGAUCUUCCUAUACAAAGAUGGCGUCAUGGUUCCUUUCACUUCAGAUCUUGAAGAAAAACAUUGCUUAAAACAGGUAGGAAAGAAAUUUGUGUUUUCAGUCAAGGACCUAAACCCGGAAGAUGCUGGAAUGUACCAAGUAGACGUUGAGGGUGUCAAUAUUUUCUCAACAGACUUCAAAGUUCCGGCGGUGGACUUUGUGGUGAAGAUCCAAGAGGUCAAAGCCAUGGAGAGAGAGGAUGCCGUUUUUGAGUGUGUCGUAUCUCAACCACUAGAAAAGAUGAGCUGGUUUGGGAAGAAUGUGCCCCUGGCACAAGGCGAGAAAUAUGACAUUGAAGUAUCCGAGGACAAGCUGAUUCACAGACUGGUGGUAAAGGAUUGCCUUCAGCUAGACAAGGGCAUCUACGCAGCUGUUGCUGGAAUCAAGUCCUGCAAUGCAUGGCUUGUCGUGGAAGCUGAUAAUGACCCAAGUGCGCACGGCAAGAAGAAGGCACGUAAAACAACUACUGCCGGUGGUAGUGGGGUUGACUUGGCAAAAAUCGCCGCAGAACAGAAUGAAAAGAUCCAGGCCGAGAGGGCAGAGAUGAUGGAGAAGGUGAAACAGGCCCAAGAGGAGGCAGCUAAGUUGAAGGCAGAACAAGAACCACUUCCGGAGCCAGCACCACAGAUACCUGCUUCAAAGGCUGAAGAGCCUGCAGCGGAGACAGCCGCACCAGAAAAGCCAACGGAACAGCCUGCAAAACCUACAAAGACAAUAGUGAAAACUACAAAAAAGGUUGUGAAAAAGACGGUGAAAAAAACAGUCCCUAAGCCAGCACCUGCACCUGCAGCAGAAGGAGUUGAAGCUGUGCCAGAGCCAGCAGAAAGUGAAACCAUAGAAGUUGAGGAAGAGGUUGAAGUUGAGGAGGUGGUUGAGGAAGUAGUGGAAGAGCAAGCAGUUGAGCAAGUAGAGGAAGAGGAAGAGGAAGAUGGUGAUGGUGAGAAGAAGAAACGAGUCAGGACUGGUCCGCUGGUUCCCGAAACAGUUAUUGAUCCUGGUGUCUACUUUACCUGUGGACUAUCAGAUGCCAGUGCUAUUAUGGGACAAUCAGCAGAACUAGUAUGUAAGCUGAGUAGUGAAGAUUGUGAAGGAGUUUGGUACAAAGAUGGAAUAGAGUUAACCUCCUCAGAGGAAGGGCCAACUGUCAUCAAGGAAGGCGCGUACCAUAAGCUUGUUAUCAGGGAGUGCACAGAGGAAGAUGCUGGAAAGUACCGUUUUGAGGCAGAUGGACGUAAAACAGAGGCUAUGCUGAUUGUUGAAGAUCCCCCAAGGAUCUCUCCUGAGGACCUUGCAGAAUUCUCAGAGCCAGUGAUUAUAAAAGCUGGAAAGAGUGCGACCUUCAAAAUUAACUUUGUGGGCAGAGAGCCUAUUAAGGUCCAGUGGUACAAUGAGGAUGAAGAAGUCUUGGACGAUACAAACAUAAAAAUUGAGAAAUCGUCUACUCACAGUCGCCUUCUUCUUAGCAAGUGUCCGCGGAAGCAAACCGGAGAGAUAAAAAUAAAGCUGAAAAAUGAGUUUGGGACAGCUGAAGCCAUAUCUAAGCUCAUCGUCAUUGAUAAGCCAACACCGCCUGCGGGCCCUGUUGAGAUAGUUGAAGCCUCAGCUAAUUGUGUAGAAAUAAAGUGGCGUGGACCAAAGGAUGACGGAGGUUGUACUGUGGACAACUAUAACCUGGAACGUCAGCAGCUUGGACGCAACACUUGGAAGAAAAUUGGUCUGAUUCCCGGUGUGCCUCACUACAAGGAUACUGAUGUGGAUCACGGGCGGAAGUACUGCUACCGCAUCAGAGCCAUCACUGCAGAGGGCGCAAGUGAAAUCAUGAUGACAGAUGAUAUCCAGGCUGGUACCAAAGCUUACCCUGGCCCUCCCUCUCAACCAAAGGUUGUUAGUGCAUUCAAGGACUGCAUUAAUUUGUCAUGGAGUCCACCAACCAAUACUGGAGGUACAAAUAUCUUGGGUUACAACUUGGAGAAGCGCAAGAGAGGCAGCAAUUUGUGGGGCCCUGUGAAUCCAGUAAAUGAGCCCAUCAAAGCAAAAGAUGCAAAAGAAUAUGGUGUUAAGGACGUUGUUGAGGGGAUUGAGUAUGAAUUCAGAGUGUCAGCAAUCAACGUCUCUGGUGCUGGAGAAGCAAGCACCCCUUCUGAGUUUGUGUUUGCAAGAGAUCCAAAGAAACCCCCUGGUAAAGUCAGCGAUCUCAAGGUGACAGAUUCAACCUACACUUCCUUGUCUCUGGGUUGGAGUAAGCCUAAAGAGGAGGAAGGGGUACAGGAUGAGGCAAAGGGUUAUUAUGUGGAGCUCCGACCUGCUGAGGAAACUGAGUGGACUCGCUGUAACUCAAAUGCCCUCAUCACAACAUCCUACACGAUCAUUGGUUUAAAGUCAAUGGCCAUGUACUGGGUAAGAGUCGUAGCCUCAAAUGAGGGAGGAGAUGGAGAGCCCAGAGAUUUAGACAACUACAUUAUUGCAAUGCCACCUCCAGUGAGGCCAACAUUUACAGACCGUAAAAUGAAGAGCUUCAUGGUCGUCAGAGCUGGAAAUUCAACCCGAGUCAACAUCAACUUCAUGGCAUCCCCCAUGCCAAAUAUAACGUGGUUGAAAGAUGGCAUGCCCAUACCGAAACGGAUUACCAUAAGCAAUGCUGAAGGCACAUCACAAAUCCUUAUUCCUUCAUCUGAACGCACAGAUACUGGGAUUUAUUCCAUCAUCCUCAAAAACAUUGUUGGCCAAGAAACAUUCAGUACUGAGAUCAGAGUAACAGAUGAGCCCAAGCCACCAGGCCCAAUUGAGCUGGAGCAGAAUGUCCCAGGCACUGUCACAGUGUCCUGGACCGCAUCACCUGAUGAGAAGCGCGACGACAGACUCUACUACAUAGUGAUGAAGCGAGAUUCCGUUAAACGCACCUGGCAAACUGUGGCUGAACGUGUCUUCAAUAACAACUACACUCUUAUCAACAUCAUGCCAGGACGAGAGUACUACUUCCGAGUGUAUGCUAAAAAUGACAUGGGACAGUCUGACCCUUCAGAGUCUCGCAAAUGGGAAGUGGUCAGGAAAAAAGAGAAGUUCACUCUGAAUAUGCCCGAAACCAAGAAUUGCACAUUUGAUGCAGCACCAUCCUUCACAGUGCCCCUCAGGACCCGCAGCAGCCCAGAGAGCUAUGAGUGUUACAUGAGCUGUGCAGUCAGUGGCAACCCUGCACCUUACAUCACGUGGUUUCGUAACAACGUCAGCAUCAACACAGACACCAACUACUUCAUCUCUAACACGUGCGGCGUCUGUUCGCUGCUCAUCUUGAAAGUGGGCCCAAAGGACAACGGAGAGUACAAAAUCAUGGCAGAAAACCAACAUGGCAGAGCAGAGUGCACUACCAAGCUCACAGUCCGAGAUUAAGUGUGCUAAGGAGACCGAGAAGAGGGAAAACUGAAGGUCAAAACAUUGAAAAUGUGGCCCUACCUUGGCUCCAACAGUAGGGCACUCAUCUGGUAUGCGGCUGACCCGGGUUUGAUUCCUGCCCGGGUCCUUUGCCAACCCUUCCCCAUCUCUCUCUCCCCACUCGCUUCCUGUUGUAGACUUCACAGUCAUGCCCUAUCUCGAAAUAAAGGCAAAACCACAAAAAUAUGAAAAAAGUUAAAAAUGAAAUUAAUAUGUUUUUAAAAAAUGUGUCUAUGAUGUCUAUGUAAUUGUCAAUGUGAUUUUUGUAAUAAAAGCACUAGGAACAAUGUCCCAUAUGCCUAUACAGUACACUUAACUUAAGUGAUCCACUGCGACAGGAAUGGAAAUAAAAUGUGUCUAUACCGCAAAAUUAUAUAUGUUUUAAAUAAACUUUUGUUGUCUGCAGAAACUGUGUUGGUGUUCUAAGGAUAGAUCUCUAAGUAAAAAAAUCCAAAAUGAGAAUGGUCACUUUAUUUAGAAAUUUAGAUUGAAAUUCAUACAAACAAAUGUGUCUAUGUUUGGGAUAUACAGUGAGGAGAAUAAGUAUUUGAUCCCUUGCUAAUUUUGUUGGUUUGCCCACUAAUAAA